AGAAGGGAGAGAGAGUGAAAGGGAGAGGAGGAGGAGGAGGGUUUGCGUUGGUGUGUUGGUUGGCAGAGAGAGCGCUUGUCAAAAAAACCUUCCUCUGACAGAAGGCAUGAUUCACAGCAGAGAGAGAGGGAGAGGAGGGAGAGAGAGGGGGAGAGAGAGGGAGACAAGCGUCAGAAAAAGCGAAAAACGGCAGAGAUAAAGAGAGAGAGAGAGAGAGAGAGAGAGAGAGAGAGAGAGAGAGAAAGAAACGACAGGGGCAGAGAUGCCGACAGACGGUGGUAAUCAACAAGCACAGCCAGAAUGAAAGGAGACGCUUUGACUGGAUUCAAUCCUCCAUCCACUCUGCUCAGCCUUUCUGUCGCUUUGUGUCUGACUGACUAACGCUCCACUGGAUAAAGACGUAAUUGGCUCUAAAUGGACAGCCAGAAUAAUAACCAACCAGAAUAAAUACAAAUGCAGACAUGCUGGGAUGAGAGUGGGAGAGAAGAUGAGCUAAGAACAAUAACCCUGUGGACAUAAAAACUGGACACAUUUUGUCUUAUAUUUUCAUGUUUUUCUGGUUGGAAUAUUUCAUUUGGACAAUAUCUUGUUUUUUAUGUCAUGGAGCUUUUGACUAGCAGAUUUUUUGCAGCAAUGCGAAUACUUUGAUCACAAGAUUAUCCUGACUUGUCAUUUAAACAGACGGAAUAUGCUUCAGUAUUUUACCAUAAAAGAAAAUGCAAAAAUGUGUUUAUUUUGCCAUGGCCUUCUCAAAGCCAGCUGCCAUGCAUCUUGCAGACUCUGAUGUGUAUUUUGCAAGCAGAAUUUUUCAGAAUUAGUCAAAUAAACAAAUUCACAAUUCACUCUUCAAGCUUCAAACGUGCCUCCCAGCAACCCCUCCCACCGUCAGCCAUCCGACCAAUCAUGGGCAAGCCUCUUAGUCGUCCCGGGUGUUUCAGGAAGAGCUCCUGCUGCCUGGAGAAACAUGGAGCUGGGGAUGGGGGACUGGGAGGGCGAGCUGGGGUGGAAGGAGGAUAUGGAGAUGGCUACGUACCCCAACGAUCCAUCUAUGAUACCAUGUGUAUCAAUCAACAGAUUGACAGCCAUCACCAUCACCCUGGAGGGUCAAUAAGGCGAGAUGGUGGAGGUGAGGGGAGUUUUAGCUACUCUGCAAGCGGCUCCCUAAGGGUUAGCAGAUCUCCGGCUGACAUGUUCGAUCCGCAGCCCCGCUCUCUAACUCCGAACCCCUCGUUUGUCCGGCGACUGGAUGAAAGAGCCAUCUAUGAUUCAUUGAAGCUUGGGGCUCAGGAUGUCGAUGUUGGCGGCUGCCAUUCUCCAGGAUGUUUCAACCGAUCAGUCUCUCCCUCCGUGUCAUCAUUCUCAGCACCGGGAGUGUCCUCCUCCUCAUCCAAGAAACAUCAUCAUAGCCACCACCAUCACCAUGGAGACAGUACAAAGAACAGAGAUGGCCGACAAUCCUGGAAAGUCUUGACACCUCCGAAACACCUGGAGUGUCUGGAGCUUACUACAACCGAAAUGAUGGACAGAGGAGGGGGGUAUCUGAACCCAGGACAAUACCCUCCCCCUGGGGGGCAGUCCUCCUCUCUUACCUCCCCCCUCAUUUCCCCCUUCUCCGGCUCACCUCUCUCCUCGGGUUACCAUACUCCAGUGUUUUUCUCCCCUGCCAAACCUCGCCCCAGUCAGUCUCAGAGUUUGCGAUGUUCCCCUCCCCACGUUAUCCAGCCGAGGCAUUAUUCCCAAACCCAGAGCCUCAGGCUGUCACCCCCCCUAGAGCUUAGACGAUCCCCCUACCGUUCCCCGCUGGUCCAACUGUCCGCUCAUGACCUCGAGCAGGACAUGAGGGAUCGAGGAGGGGGAUGGGGCCGGAGUGAGCGAGAAAGGGAGUGGGAGAGGGAGAGAGAAAGGGAGAUGGAGCGAGGGUGGGCCCAGCGAGAGUGGGAAAGAGAGAGGGAGAGGGGGAGAGUGGAAAGGGAGAGGGCGAGAGAAAGGGAGAGGAGGGAAACAUCGUUUGGGACCUUCGGAUAUGGUCGACCAGUUCCUCUGCGUUCAGACAGAGACUCUGUGUUUUUAGAGCCCGACCAGGUUCUAGACACAACGCCCCUGUUGCUCCCCCAGCCCUCACCUUCACCCUCCCCUAGCGCUGCCCCCAGAAUGGGCACCGGUGCUGUGGGUAGGAACAGAGCCGGGUCAAAGGUUGGCCCUGAUAAUGUAAGUGGGGUUAUGGUUUCAAAGUUUGACAAUGGGAGUGUGGGUUUGGUGUUAAUUGACAGCAGAUCUGGGUGUGGGCCGAGGUUAGUAUGUGAAGUUGGAAACAUGUCAGAGGCUGAAAUCAGGGCUGGAAUACAAGAACACCAUAGAGCUGAAAGUUGGAACAAAUAUGACAACGGAUCCAGGGCUAGCAUUAAAAAUGGGUCUGAAACAAGAAUGGGUUCCCAGGUGAAAACACGACCAGGGGGACGGGAUCUGGAAGGAAAAGUGCAGUCUGGGGUGGGGAUAGAAAAUAUGGCUCCAGCUGUGUACAAGGAGGGACACAGGGGAGGGAUAAGGAGUGGAGAAAAAACUGGAAGGAGUGUGGUUAAACCAGAACCUGUUGCUGAGACUAUACCUUCAACUGUGACUGACAUAGAGAACAGGAUUGAGCCUGGAGAUAAAGUUGAAAUUGGAGCUGGACCUGGUCCAGGGAUGAAGCCAGAGAUUGAGGCAGAGGUCGAGGAAAAAGCUAGUGCAAGGCAGGUGGAGAUCAGGACUGGAAGAGAAGCUGGAGGUGAAGCUACAGUUAACAAUGAUGUUGAUUCAGUAGCAGAGUCCAGAGUAGAAGCUAACGUUGAAACUGAUGUUAAGAUUGCUCCAACACCUGAGCCUGAGGCAGUACUAGAGACUGUGGUUAGUAAUGAGACAGGGACUAAAAGUACCAUUGAGACUGGGGUUGUCAGUGAAACCCAGAACAGCAACAAGACUACAGAUAAAGCCCAGAUAAGUGUUGUGGCUGUGGAUAAAACUGAUACUGCCCUUGCAGAUCAGGCAGAGAAAAAGCAUUUGGAUAUUGAUAAAAUUGAAUCUAGCCAUGUAGAGAAAGGUUCCAGGUCCCACAAGUCCAAAUCAUCCAAGUCCAGCUCUAGGAGUCGACCUGGCACGGCCACAGGGCUCCGACCAGGCGUGGCCAGCCCUCGCCUAAGCAGAGGGUUUGGAGACCUUGAGUCAACAGUCCCCACUGAGGGCAUCGAGUCCACCUGGCCUCGCCGAAUCAUUGUCAGAAAGAGGACUGUUCGUCAGGGUGGGGCACUCCACAACCUCCCUAUUCUACCCCCACUCCCCGCUGUCCUCUCAGCUUUGGAGAAGAGGCGCCCACAUGCCCACCUCAACCCCCGUCCAGGUCACGUCUCAGAGAACCCGCUAACCACAACUAUUAUGAAUGCUACAAGUAUGGUGGGCCGAUGCUCAUUUAAAGAGCCCUCCAAUCCAGAACUAGGACAGGGUUCUAGUUUUGUUGGAAGGGCUUCCCUGAAGGAGCAGAACUUGGAACAGUGGAGGGUCUGCAGAGAGCAAGAAGAACCCAAGAGAUCUAGGAGCAAGGAGAAACAAGGAGAGCAGAGAAAGGAGAAGACUCAAGUGGAGGUGAGGAAGGGGAAGGAAGAGAAGCGAGACAAGGCGAGGAGAGAAGAGAAAGACAAAAGGGAGGACAAAGUGGGUAAGGAGAAAGAGAGGGUUACUGUCAGUGAGGGGCUGGUGGAGGAAACCAAACGGGAAAAGUCAGAGAGAAGGGUUGAAGGGAAAGUGCAAGGCGAUGAAAACAUAAAGGAAGAUGUGAAAAGGGAAAGGGAUGUAGAAAUAACGUGUGAAAAGGUGGAGGAUAGAGGAAUGAAGAUUAAGGAUGGAAUACAAGAGUUGGAGGAGGUGGUGGCUAAAUCAAGGAAAGAAGAAAGUGAGGUGGAGGGAGGAGAAGGAGGCACAUUUGGAGAGGAAGGGGGGAUAGAGGGUUGGGACACUGUCCUUGACAUGGUCAACACACUGUGGGAGGACGGCUGGGAGAAAGGGGGUGCGGGAGGAGGUGGUGAUACAGAUUCCUUCUCGGGCUCCCUGCAACGUUGGCCUCUUCUCCGGCCCCCAAUUGGCUUCGGGGGCUCCCACCCCCCCUCCUCAGCAGCCUCGGAGCUCAGCCUGACAGAGUUGGAAAGGAGAGCCAGGGAGCUGGACUCUGACCUGGAGCACCUAGACCUGUCUCAGCCUCACAGGGACACCCAGGAUUUAUACCAAUCACUGCUGGAGCCACAGAGGGAACGAGCUGACAUGUACCAAACACACCCUGGACCACAGAGGGAGAAACCUGCUCUCUUGACAGGAGUGGGAAGCAGAUCCCAGGUCAGUUUGGAGCUCAGUGUUAUGGCCUCACCAGCUACAGACACGGACAGACCUCCUGUUGACUGGUCAACCAAAUCUGCUGGGACUUCCACUGUUGGCACGAGCUCCACUAAAGAGGACAGCUCUCCAGACUCCAACCUCACACUGGAGUCCGACUCCAGUGGCGUCUUCCUCUCCUUAUCCAAUCAGAGCCAGGAGGAGGCCGGCUCUGACAGUGACCAGCCAAUCAGUGGCUCUGACCUGGGCAGCAGCAGCACGUCACUGGAGAAAGACGGGGACGAUGGGGGGUUAAAGGAAUGGGGGAGGGAGGAGAGUGCAGAGCUCCAGUGGUGCUACCCAUCACUUCUCAACACCUCCUUGCAUGAAGACACAGAAGGAGAUAGCGGAAGAGAGGAAGCAGGACAUGGGAAGAUGGGGAGAUAUGAAGAGAGAGGGAGAGUUGAGCAUGGAAGGAGGGUUGGUAAAUUAGGAACAGUUUCAAUCAUUAAGAGCCCAUUCAACCACAAAGACAUUGAGUUCUCCACAUCUUUAAAUGCCCCACAAAGUGAAGAGAUACCUCCCAGGAGAAAAGUGACCCUCAUGGGAGGUGACUAUCCUCUUCCUCUGUCUCCGUCAAAACAAGCAAUCAAACAGCUUCUAGAUCCUAAUCAGAAACCAAUCAGAAGCUCAGGACUGGACUGUGGUGACUUGGAUCCCUUUGUCCAAUCGGACAGCUUUGUUUACCUUGCCGUGUCUGCAAGACCUGCCACCCAGGGUGAAGUCACUACACUGACAGAAGUAUCCACCCAUGGUAUUAAACAAGACAGUGUACAGCAACAUCCAGACAGUACGAAAACACACUUGGACCAGUCGAGCACGGAAUGGAACGCCAAGCCGACUCAUCUAGCCCCACAAAAAACCAGAGGAAGGAGACUUCCUGUGCACUGACAGCUUCGUGUACCUGGCUGCUCCAGCCUGCCUCCUACUGGGCCCUGCAGGAACUGCACCCUAUAGCGGCAGGGAGUCCGACUCCGAGAGUUCAGGAUCUGGCCCUGUUGAUGUGUCGGUACUGGGUUGUGACUCGGUGGCAGGGGACAGUGACUGGGACUCAGACCUGUCUGACUCCGAUCCCAGUCGCUCCUCCAGAAUCUCCGCUACUGGUAACAAAUCUGCCGGCGUAGCGCGGUCCAAGCGGACGCCUGCUGAACCGGGCUGGGACUUGUUCGGAGAAACCACCGAACCUGAAGUGCUGAGUGAGCUCUUCACAGAACAGGGACAAAAAUAACAACGGCGAUGCAUGGAAGGUCACCGGGGUCACCACCAGCCUGGAAGAUCCACCAGCCAUUCCCAUGACAACCCAGCAUGUCACUAUGCCAGGGAGACAGUCGACAACAGUGGAGCAGUCGUCAACAACGAAGAAGGUGACGUGGCAGUUUAAAACCAACCCAGAGGUCAGUCUGCACAGGAAGCAGAAAGGAGAAAGAGAAGGAAGUGACAUCAUCAUCAUCAUUCGGAAGGUUCAUGGAACUGAGAGGAGGCGAUAGACCCUCCCCUUCAUCUUCAUCAUCUUCAUCAUCGUCAUCAUCUUCUGGUUGAUUUUUGAAGAUUUUUACUGUGACCGUUUGAGUGGAGCUUUCAAUGGCUGAAGCAGAGGUUGUUGCCAAAAGGUAGAAAAGAUCUUCAGCUUGUUCUGAAGAAACUGAUGGCCGGAACAACUACCAAUUUUUUGCCUGUAAAUUUUGAAUUUUGCAUCUAGCUGCUGCCAUUGCCUUCUUAUGACCUUCUAAGGCUGCAUAAAAGACUAGUGAAUUGUUGCAUUUUCUUAGUCCAGCCUACGCAUUAUCAUAUAUAAUCAGUUUAAAAGUAGUAAUCUCGAAGAUUUUCAUUUAAAGAAGUGUCUGUCUAUCUAUCGCCGAAUGAGGUAACACGAUGGUGAUUGAGCCGAUGGCCCCACCGAUGAAAGACCUUGCAUUUGCAGUAUUACGAACUGGUUGUGUCUGUGGCGACAUUCCUGGGUAAAAUCCCAAGCGGUGCUCUCUAGGAAAUGAGAUCCAAAAACACGCCUGCAAUUACCGCUUAUCGCCAUAGGUGCCGCCAAAGAGAAGGAAACGGAGAUCUUCGAGGUUGUAACUUUACGUUUGAGACAGUGUGAGACUCAGGCUAAACAGAAACCUUCAGGUUGAGAUAAUGUGGAAAUACGGCACAUAGAGAAGAUAUGCACAAGUGUCAUUCCUAAUGGGUUUUAUCAGUCACAUUUUUAAACACAGGCUUGAUUCAUUAUUUAAACGUUGACAUUAUUCUCUAUCUAAGUAAGAAAUAUGAAUCAUUCUGUGGGUUUUUUAUUCUAUUGAAUGUACUGUACAGGAUAUACACAACUACGAGGAAAAUCCACCGUAAAACAGAAUUCACAUAUGAGACAUUCUCAAUGAUUUGGCUUGAUCACCUGUAUUUAAACAUUAUUACAAUGUUGGAAUUCAGUUACAAUAACACAUACAAAGGAUAAGAGGUUGGAGAAAAAAGAGUUUCUGUCGGACUCCGUCAUUGUGAUAUCCAUUUAUAAAGAUCUAAUUAUGUAAAUUUGUCUCAGCCUUCUAUCAAAUGACACUUCCUACUCACUUUAACUGCUCUUACUUACUUCAUAUAUACUUUAAAAACAGACUUUUAACAACUGACUGAGGUCGAACUUUACAGUGUACAAUGUAUUUUAUAAUCACAUCCAAACUUUACAGUGUAUUUAACAGUGUGUCAAUAAUAUAUUUUGAAACAUUGAGAUAAAUAUGGAGUGAUAUAUGUAUAUAUCACUCAUAUCUAUAUAUAAUAUAGAGUGAUAUAUAUAUACAUAUAUAUGUGUGGAUGAAUGUGCAAACAUGAAGAAAUAAUGGAAGGAUUUAAUAAUAACAUUUGAUUUAAAUGUUUUAUUUAUCAAUUAGAUUUGAAAUUGUGAAUGUAAUAAUCGAGCAAUAUGCUUACAGAUUCAUGCUAUAUUCUCUGUUUCAUAUGUGGAAAGUGUUGCCUGAGUGAUGUGUAUAAUAAUGGCUGAGUUUCAUUUUAUUUUAUACAGCCAAAUGCUAAUUGUAAAUGCAGUUUUACACUCAUUUAAAGGUUCUGUGUGUAACAUUUUUAAACAUCGAUUUAUCAUCAGGCAGCUUGGUAUAAUUGCCAUAAACAAUGAGACCACGGUUGAGAUGAUUGACAGCCUUUGUCCCACGCCAGUGGUAUUUUUAGUGCAAGUGACUUCAUCUCCCAUAAUCCCCUUGCUCCCCAUGCUUCCUGCCUCUCCUCGCCUCUGUGGCAUCUUUGGCUUUACUGAAGAGGAUGAACAUGUGGGAGAUGAUUUUUUUUUUUUGUCCUAUUUGCCUUUCCCUCCCAUCCACCAUUUGUCAGAGUGAGAACAUUUGACAGAUUUCGCUCUGUUUGCUCUGAAAGUGAAGCAAUCCAGAAGAUUUUCCUCCAAAUCCAUGUCAGUGGCACACAAUGUAAAAUGCAGCGUGUAGGCUGGUGGAGCUGCCAAUCAUCCCAGCAGUGGAUUUGUUAUUGAGUAAUCAUACUAAUGUCUCAAAUGAACACGGCCAUUAUUCACUGAUGUUAAAAAUGACACAUGUAGAGACACCUUUAAAAGAGAGCACAGUGCUAUCAGAUUUGUUAUCCUAUUACAAAUGUGACAAAGGGAACAUGGCAGGUUGACAGGUUAUCGUCAGUUACACAAUAAUACGUCUUGUUACAAUAUGAUGUGGUUAUGAAAGGCUGUGUGGGAAGUUAUGACCUGGCAAGCAAAUUGCUUCCUAAGCAGUUGUAGUUGUGCUAUUUAAAUAUGCAUUUGAAUUUCAAAUUGGCAGUGAGAGAUAACUAUGACGAAAUCCAAGCCAAGUAUUAGUGUGUGUUAUUUGGAGGGAUGACUCUGUUGUGGGGAUGCUGCAGCCAUAUUUCUUGAUUGCAGUUGAUGGAGUAAAAUGGGUGUUUUUUGUUGUUUUUUUGCCACAAAUGAGAACCGUUGCCUUGUGCAGCUUUAACUGCCAUUGUGGAAUAUUGAAGUGCUCCGCCAGUCCUUAUUCUGAAUGAUGAUGCUCUGUGUAAACCACAGGAUUUGGCAGAGCCCUAAAUGCACCUGUUGAGUUUACUGAUGGAUUUAUUAUUAUGUAUUAUCUUAUAUUUUCUGGUGCUUUCAAGCACAGAUUUACAAGCACAUCCAGGGAGGAAUUCAUUAGCAUGCAUCUGUAUUUUUAAAGCUGCAAGAUUGUCAGGAUGUCUUAGGAGGUGAAUGUUAACCAGGGCUGAACUGAUGACUGAUGAAGAUUUAAAAUGACCACAGCCUCUGACUACUUUCAUUUUCUUAAAGGUUCUCUUUAUGAUAUCCAGAGCAUUAAUAUAGCAGCAAACAACUAUUGUCUAAGUAAAGAUAUAGAGGAGUAGUGUCUACCUGAGCAGAAAAUGAAGUCUUUCUCCCUCUGUGUGUGUUAUUAGCCAAGCUUUUCUGUGCUUUGCUUACAUAGCGGGCUGGCCACGUGUGCCUUUUCGUGCAUGUUCGUGCAUGUGAGCGUGCCCCACUGGCCAGCUACUGGCCACCCGCUCUGGCACUGCUCUCAAAAGGCGGUUACAGCUGAUAACGCCGUCCCACACUCUAGCGCUGUUAGCACUGUUAGCUGCGAGCCGCCAGCUCAACCAUCGCCUUUGUUAGAGAGCCGUGUGGAGGCAAUAGAUAUGCUCUGAAUGUCGUAUUGAGCAGCUUUAACCAUGUCAAAUGCAUUGAAUGUACAUUUGUACCCCAAACCCGCGUUGAAUGUCAGCACUUGAUGUUGAUGUCACAACAUGAAAGUGAUCUGUGAGGACAUUUUGGCAGGCUGGAAUGAACCUGUUAGGGGGCCCUCUGGGAACAAACUUCCUUUCCUGUUUUUCAGUGUGUGUCAGUUUGUGGUAAUUUGAUUAAACACACAUUUAUGCAGGAAUAUGUACCAUAUAAACUGAUAUAUACCAUAUAAACAAAUUCUUAGGCCUCCGUGAUAUCCAUUACAAUAGUGGAAUGUACAACUUACAGUGUUGGGCAAUUUAUGUGAAAACUGUAAUCAGUUCCCCAUUACUCACUGCAAAGUAAUAGCAUUACUUCACUAAUUAUUCAGCAGCAAACGUUAUGUGUUACAUUACUUGCUGUUUUACUUUCAUUAGGCCUACUCUGCCCAGCUCUAUCAAAGGUGCCUUUAAACUCCAAAUCCUCCACACCCAGCUGUUGCAUCUGUUGUAUAACACAUAGGAAAUAUGGAGGAUACCACCAGAUCCUGUUCACUGCUUCUUUAAAGGAAUGCUUCACCCACCACGUCCAUUACUCACACAGUGUUACCUUGAAUUCUUGAAGAAACUUUGUUUAAUAUGCCAUAUACAAAUGCUUAUUUUGUGGGUGAGGUAUUUCCUAUAAUUAAUCAAAUCAAUCACUCAGAAAAUACCAUUUCACGAGGUUGGGUGAAGACUUUUAAAAUCCUUACAAGUUUUGAAAUUAGGAGAGAAAGAAAUUUCACUGAGUGCUUUAAAGUGUUAACCAUGCACAACUUACAGGAAUAGAGCUAAUGUUAUCUAGCUCUCUCUGUCCCUCACACAGGCUGCCUCUCCCUCUGUCACGGACACACACACACACGCACACACACGCACACACACGCACACACACACACACACACACACACACACACAACAACACACGCACACGUGUUGUGUAUUCUCGACUGAAGUGUAGUUUGUCUGUAGCCUAACGUUAGCUUUUUACUUCUGCUGAUUGCAUUCACACUUCAAAAAUCAAAGAAGUGGUGUUUAUUUGUGAGAUUAUCUGCUGAACAAAAUGUGGUGAAUAUCAUAAAUGUGUGUUCGCCACAGAGUUUAUUUUCUACAAUAAUCCAAAAGCCAGUGGAACAAUCCCAUUGGCUUUUUGUGGAGGGAACCAGGGUGAUGCUAACUUCCUGGUUGGCCUACAAAAAUACGUGCUGCCUGGAGCUCUCUAUAACCCCUAGUUCCAAGCUCUUUAGCUAAGCCUUUCACCUAGACUUAAUACAGGUGCACUCAUUUAUAAUAGCAACAAAUACCUAUGUGUUAAUCCACACCUGCCAAUCAGAAUCAGGAAUUUUCAGUGGUCAUGGUAUAAACUACAAUAAUAAUAGAAAUAGAUUUUAAUCACAAAUUAUUACAUACAUACAUUCAUAAUGUAGGACCUGCCUUAAUUGAUAUUCUACUUUAGUGGUGCCAACAAAUCUACAAUUAAUCAAAUUACCAAGACCUUUGACAUACAGUGACCUGGAACUUUUGGGGCCCAGAGUCAUGUAUGUAAUCCAGCCUUCCAUCCAUCCUUAUCCAUCUGUGAGUGCAAUAUUAGAACCAGGGAGUUUUAGCAACAUGACAAAAUUAGCUCUUAUUUGGAAGUGGCCAGUUUGGACACAUUCCACCCACAUUUCACAUAUGAGCAAUAUAAAGGCAUGGAGCGGGUGGAAUGUGUUAUGAGAGAUAAUUUUCACUGAUGCAAUCUCUUUUUAAUCUAUAUGAAAGAUUGCUUUGGAACAUGGCCGUAGAUCAAGUUUAGCAGAGCCAGUUUUCCCCUGCAGUUGGCCUCCAGGCAGUUUCUUGGUGGGUCUUUGCCAGCUCUGGCAUCUCGAUUUCGUGAUCAUGUAUGGAGAGCUGUGCUGUUAGUUUUGAAGCUGACUGCUUCUUGUUGUAGAAGUGGUACCGGGCCAUGGCAUUUAUAAAGCUACCUGGACCAACUGUCUGGUAGUCCACACUGCCUUUUAGUAGGCCAACACCGAUCCUACAUGUACAGUACAUGCUGGCUGAGGUCUUAUUCUGAAAAGCUAUUUACAUGACACUGUUCAUUAAAUGUAACCUGUGGGGGAUCUUUACUCUAUGAGAACAAUUGGCACUAUACUGUGUAGGCACUUGAAAACCUGGUUUCUAUUGAAUGAUGACGUAUGUUCUAACCCUGCUGCUUUACAUGUCUGCUCGAAGGAAUGUUUGUCUUAGUAAACUGACUUUAAAGCUCACACAUUGGACCAAAUGAAAGGAUGAGCCUGAUAGCUGUGUGAACUAUUUUUAUCAAUGAAAUAAUCUUUGGUUUCCGCUCGCAUUAAAUUGUGGCAAGGCAUCUAGUUUCACUGUGAUAUAUUAAGGAUAAAUUACUUUACACCUUCACUGACUUUUGUAAAAUUCAGUGAUAUCAGGCCAUGCGUGUAAUACUUUGCUGUUCAUAUAAACGCUGAUCACUGUUAAAGCUUAGUGGUGAUUAAGAACUAAGACCUGAGAGGACUUUUUAGUGGAUAAAGAUUGAUUUAUGUGAAAUAUUAUUCUGUGCCGUAUUCCCAAGCCUUGUUGAAAUGCAUUAAUGUACAAAUAAAGACUAAACUUGAUGGUGGAAUGUGA